UGAGAAUAACAAGCAAACAGCAAACAGCAAACAGACAAGAAGUGCAGUGCGUCAAGCUAGUGCCCCUCUUAAUACCUACCUGUUAUAUUCCAGCACCAGUCAGUUGUUCGUCUCCCAGAACGAGAGCGCAACUUGAUUUCCUGUUCACCUAUUCACCACUUUUCCCAUCUUACUUUCUACGUCUUUACAUGUUAGAAAAAAAACGAAUUCAAUAAAAUAAAUUACACAAGGUUACUUGAGAGAAGAAGAAAUCGAAAUCGAAAUAUCGAGAAAAAGAUACAUACUUCAAGAUGGCAGCCGCAACUCCUACUCUCAAUCUUAAUCCUAAAUAUGAUCAUUAUGAUUACCCUACCACGUCGCCUACGGCUAAGAGUGGUCAUCCUGGACAUACGACUCCAGAGCAGGAUGCUCAGGUUGAGCAGUUGAGGUCGAAGUUGGAGGCGGCGGGGUUUACUGAGAGGUUGGAUACGCUUACUUUGGUAUGUUCUUUUUUGUUAUUUGUCAAUUUGAUAAUGAGAGUUUGGUUUGGUUUGGUUUGAUGCUUCGCAGAAUGCGGGAGCUUGAUUAAGAUCUUGAUAUUUGAUAUUCUGGGACGGGGUUGGACUGGCAGUAUAUGGAUAUAGGCUAAUUAUUAUCAAUCUACAGCUUCGAUUCUUGAGAGCACGUAAAUUCGAUGUCACAUUUUCUGAGAAGAUGUAGGACUCCUUGGUUCUCUUAAUAUUUACAUCAUUUCGUAUUUGAUACAUUGAAAGGGCGCAUGCUGAUUUUGUGGAUAGGUUCGUGGACGCUGAGCAGUGGAGAAAGGAGUUCGGACUCGAUGAACUUGUUCGUACCUUUGAUUAUAAGGAGAAGGAGGAAGUUUUCCGAUACUAUCCUCAAUACUAUCACAAGACUGAUAAGGUACGUUUUCAUUCUCAUUCUAUUCCCUCCCCCUCCUCAAAUUAACCAUUAUCUAACAUCUUCAACCUCACAGGAUGGCCGUCCAGUCUACAUCGAACAAAUGGGUAACAUCGACCUAACUGCCAUGUAUAAAAUCACCACCUCAGAACGUAUGCUUCAAAACCUCGCCGUUGAGUAUGAAAAAAUGGCCGAUCCACGUCUCCCAGCUUGUUCUCGUAAAGCUGGUGUCCUCCUCGAAACCUGCUGCUCAAUCAUGGAUCUCAAGGGCGUUGGUCUCACAAAAGUUCCUUCUGUCUACUCAUACGUCAGACAAGCUUCAGUCAUGUCCCAAAACUAUUAUCCUGAACGUCUCGGAAAGUUGUAUUUGAUUAAUGCUCCAUGGGGCUUCUCCACUGUUUGGAGUGUUAUGAAGGGUUGGUUGGACCCUAUCACUGUUGGUAAGAUCCAUAUUUUGGGUUCAGGGUAUCAAAAAGAACUUUUGGCUCAAGUCCCCCAGGAGAAUUUACCAAAGAUUUUCGGGGGUACUUGUGAGUGUCAGGGUGGUUGUGCAAUGAGUGAUGAGGGUCCUUGGACGGAUCCUACUUGGGCUAAACCUCCUAAGUGGGCUACUGCUGAGAAGACUAAUGGUGAUCAACAAGUUAUUGACACGGAAAAUGUUAACCCGGGUACUAUUCCUACUGGAACUACAGCUCCGGCUCCAGUUCCUAGUGAAGAGACUGUUAAUGCACCGGUUGCUCAAUAGAUGUACAUAGAGGAAGUGGUAUUAGGUGUGAUGAAAUUGGUGUAGAAAUGAGCGAAAGGGUGUUGUGGUUUCAGAUGAGUUGUUGACUAUGUGAUGUAAAUGGAUGGAUGGACCAGGGCGGUUUGGAAUGCAUAUUACAUGUGGAAAUAAAUCAAAGAUGACUGACUACUAAACUUAUUUUUUGGAGAAUGAGAGAAAUAAAUGAAUUCAUAAGAUUACAAGAAUGGAGA